AUGUCUUCUUCUACACAAGUUGAACAGCUGCGUAUAAUCGAGCGCGCACUCAUCGUCACCGGGACAGUCAUAAAGGAGAUCGAUACCAAGGCAGAAGGAGUUGAACGCCAGCUGAAGGAGACGGAACAGAAGUGCGAGGAGUUCAUUCGCCAGGCUCAACAGCUCGCGAAAGCUGUCCGAUCAUCAUCCCGGACAGAUACCAGCGACGUUUUAACCGAGAUAAAUGCGUUCAUCACCCAGGCUUACGAGCAGGCCUUUGGGAUAGCUUCAGACUAUCGGAUACAGCUGAAAGACAUACAAGAGGCGCACGCAGAUGUGGUGCAACGUCAUCGCGAGGGAGAAAGACUUUUCGAAGCUGUCAAAGCCAAGAUAACGUCCAAGACUCCCCAGAGCGAAGAGAUAGAGGACGGCUGUAUAGAGGUUCUACCUCCCUGA